ACUACGUAGCUGCACUGCUUUCAAGCAAGUAAAGUUUCAGUCACACUUCACAUGGAUCAGUGAAUGACUCAUUCGAAUUAGGUUGUCGUUUCACGUUUUUGUAGGCUGUUUCUUCAGCUUCCAGAGUUGGUGCAGUGAUAUAUCGACACGGAGAAACUGAGUGCACACCUAUAAUAUAGGGAACUUCACAGCAGUGUGCUUCCCUUCCCUGGCCGUACCGUGUCUAGCCCUUUAUCUUAGUCAAAAAGAAAUCUCUCAGAAUACUUUGUGCCUGGACAAUGAGUACUGCAGUCGUGGUCGUCGACAGUGACUCAGACAAUGAAGCCCUGUCCACGGCAGGAGACAAGGAGAAAAGAAAGAAGAUGAUAGAUUCCUUAACGCCGUAUGGGUUCGACAAGAAACGGGUGCUGGAGGCUGUGCGCAAGUUUACCAGCGUGGAAGAGGCGUUCUCGUGGCUCAUGGAGCCUGCGACUGUAACAGCUCCCGACGUGCCACACUAUGGCGUGUCUACUAUGCUGAGCUUUGAUGGCGACAUGGAAAUGUAUGUAUCCGGAGCCAGCAGUUCACUACAACUAGGAGCAUUGCCCAAGGCAGGUUCUCAUGUGCCAUUCAACCCGACCUUGGUUGACCUUUGCCAGAGCAGUGUCGACGGAAUCAACAGCGGCAUUAGCAGCACCAGCGUACCGCUAUUGACCAACAGCUUGGUGUCGAGUAGUAACGUGCAAGACGCUAUAAGGCGCGGCGCAGGAGUUGCUGCUUCCACUACGGCCAUGGCGAUGUCACAGCCCACUCCGCUCGUGUCUGGUGAAACGUUGCGUGGAGUUCAAGCAGUGGAUCUCACCGACUCACCCCCACCGCUGCGGCCAAAGAAACGUGCACAUCCUCAUGUUGCAGCCACUUCAAGUAUCCGGCCGACGCUGUCCUUCGCUGCUGCUGCUCAUCACGAGCGCUCCAGACAGAAAAAGCCUCCGUCCGAACGGUGUCUCGCAUGCCGAAUGUCCGUUCAAGCCAAGUACGUGGUCGAGAUGGACUUCUGCCGGCACAAUGUAUGCGUGCCGUGUCUCCGCGUGCUCGUUGAAUCGCACGCCGAUCGCUCCAGAUCCAUGAAGCGCCUCCAACAACUCUGGCCAGAGCAGUUUCUGCCCAAACUGCCGUCGUCGUCACCCCAGCGGUUGCGACAUAGCCCGGUGACUCGCCGCACAUCCUUCCUUUUCGCGAAGAGUGGCAGUCCCUUGCCAUCGCCUGCACCAUCACCGUCACCACCCGUACUGACGCUCAGUGCUAGCGCUAGUGUGGACACCAUGGUGGAUGGUGAUAAUCUCUAUACAGCCUGCGCGUCCAAUCUGCUGGUCGCACCGUUUGAGUGUCCCGUUGGUGGCUGCAGGGCGCCGAUUUCGUGGCCGCACAUCGAAGAUAUACUGGGCAGCACAGCGUGGCAGGAGUUCACGGAGCAAUGCAUGUCACACUACAUUGAGCUGACUGAUCUCGGUGACCAGGCCAAAGAGGUCUGGGUACCAUGUCCAAGCUGCCAGCAACCACUGAGUGCGGACGCCAUACCGGUCACGUUACCCGAUGGACAGGACAUCUCUAAGCUGAGCGUCUUGGAUAUGAAGGUAGAGCUACAAAAGCGAGGGUUGAAGCGCUCCGGCGGUCGUGCCGCACUGCUAGAGCGCUUGCGAGGAACGCUGAAGCGAGCGGCCAGCGGUUUUUUUUGCGAGCCACCAAUGCUUCGCUGUACAAAUCGGUUGUGCCAGUUGCUGGCAUGCCCGCUGUGCUCUCAUGUGCAAGCUGGCACUCCGUCUCCGUCGUCUAAGGGCCGAGCCAGCGCUGCAAGCAAAGUGGCUGUAAACUGCCAGACACACACCGCGUGUCCGAGCGCACAGCUGUUCAGUGCCAUUGUGCUCUGCAAGCGUCUUAACACCGUACUACAUCUGGACACCAGCACCGACACGGCUCUGGCGGUGGCCGCCAAGAAAAAGAAGAAACCGCUUGUGUCUACCAGUAGCGGUAUCGGGUACAGUGGCAGCCAGCAGGAGAAAGCAGGUGGGUCUAGUCGCGAGGCAGACGAGGCACGGGAGCGUGAAGUGGAGGCCGACAGCCAAUACCAGAGCGUGAUCGUCAUGCUGAACAAGAACCUAGUGGCGCUGAGCGAGAAUGCAAAGAAGGGAUCUCAAGGCUGUGCUCAAAACAAGACAAUGGACAGCAGUGACGACCUUCAGAUUGUAUCCGAGGUGAACACCACGUCGUCUGAUGUAGUCGCUCAUCCUGUUCUGUAUGCCGUGAUGCGGCAAGAGCUGCUGCCAGCGUUGUCCUGGUAUUUGCACAACGACUCUAUUGCGGACGUGGCCCAACGCUCCGGCGUCUAUGAGUCGCUGCUUGACCUUCUCUGCAGUAUGCUGGACGACUGGAACUACCUCUGGCUGUUGGAUGAGUCUGUACCGGACGAAGAUGGUGAUAAACGUGACUCUAUCGUUGCUCUGCUUCAGCAGCUGCACACUCAAGCCAAGGUCCUCCUUUCGGUGGGGAGUCGUGACUCUCAGCUUCCCAAAAGCAACGUUGGAACGAAGGUCAGACCACCCGCGCACUCACGAGAGGGAAAGAAAGGCAAGGGGCCUGGCGAAGCGUCCGGCUUUGACGGUUCCGACAAGAACGAGCUCACAGAAAACCUGCGUAUGGCCAACAAGGUCACUGAAGUCUAUACGAAGAUCCAGCAGACGCUGGAGACGGCCAAGGCGACGCGGCUCAGGCAAUCGGCUCUGCUGCGCAGGACCGAGGUGAUCAAUCUGACGUGUGACGACGAGGGACACGCCGGCGAUGGCUGCUGGCCCAGCGCCAAGCGGCGCAAGCCACCGUUUGGCCAGACCACCGAGCAAGCUGACGCCACCAGCCAGCUGGAGGCGGUUGCAACGCCGACGCAACUUCUUGAACGUUUGAAGAAAGAAGCGGCACGAAAGCGAGAGCAAGAGUACGUGGACACACUGUCCAAGCUACGCUUCGCUUCUACCGACAUCUUCACGGACAGCCAUGUAUUCUACAAGGAAGCCCGCCAGCUGGCCCAAAAGACUGUGGUACCGGAGCGUAUGAUGCGUAUUUGCAAGGAAGUUGCUGCCCUCUCCACUUCGUUGCCUCUAUCGUACAACUCGUCAGUGUUCCUACGCAUGGACGAUGAUCGUAACGAUGUGAUGAAAGCACUCGUCAUCGGGCCUGAAGAUACACCCUAUGCUAAUGGGCUGUUUGAGUUUGACAUUUUCUUGCCGGCGACUUACCCCAACUCACCACCCUGUUUCCGCCUGGUCACGACGAACCAUGGCAAAGUGAGGUUCAAUCCUAAUCUCUACGCGUGUGGAAAGGUAUGUUUAUCCCUGCUUGGCACCUGGCAGGGCCCAUCAUGGGACCCCAAGAAGAGCACUCUACUUCAGGUACUGAUAUCGAUUCAGGCAAUGAUCUUGGUGCCGGAUCCAUUCUUCAACGAACCGGGUUUUGAGAACACGCGUCUCUCACCGCAUGGCAAGUGGUCCAGCGAGAACUACAAUGCCAGAAUCCGAGAAGCAACUGUUCGCUUUGGCAUGUCACACCAGCUGUCAGCAACCAAGUCCAUUUUCGCCCCGGUCAUCCGCCAGCACUUCAAACUGAAGGGUGACGUCAUUUCAAAGCAGUUAGAAGAUUGGACGCAACGUGCGACAGUGCCACCGAGACCCUCUAACACGAUAGUGUUUGAAGGUGGCGUGGGCACCAGCGAGGCAUCAAUGAAGGCCGCCGUGCGGACAUUUAACGAUCACCUCUCCUUGCUAAAGCCAAUAGAGCUGUGAUACAGUGCCACCGCAACCCUUUAGCACAAUUUUUUUAAGGUGACGUGGCACCCAGCGAGACAUCAAUGAAGGCCGCCGUGCGUACAUUUAACGAUCACCUCUCCUUGCCGAGUCCAAUAGAGCUGUGAGGAUUGGCAGACAACACACACCUGGAAGGAAAGGCUCCCAUCUCUGUUGGCUUUAAUGAAGGCUGCUGUGCGGCCUUUUAACAAUCACCUCUACUUGCUAAAGCUAAUCAAGCCGUGGUGAUUGCUAGACGACUACUCACGUGUGUACAUAUAAGGAAUGGACACAUCCCCCCCCCCCCCCCGCUCCUGUCUCCAUUGUUUGUUUGUUUUUUGUGCGCUGGGUACACCUGUGCCAGCGAUGUUUUCCUGUUCCACCACCACCGCUGUUUAAUUUUAUUUUAACUGCCGUAUUCUCCAGGCCGGCAUUGUUUUUCGUCAGCCUCUCUGGGUGAAUCCAACCUGCCGCCAGCCUCACGUCAUCAUCAUUAUACCAUACCGCGCCAUUAUGCCAUACGGCGCCAUUAUGCCAUGCAGCAUCGCUAUACCAUCAUACUACGCCAUUAUACCAUACUGCGCCACUAUGCCAUACAACGCCACUAUGCCUUACAGCCUCGUUAUACAAUGGUAACAGUACCAUUAUGCCAUACACUGUUUUAGCCACACCAGCCUGGUCUGAACUCGUUUGUGCAGUUCUACGUCUCUUCUUCGUGUCGUUCUUUUUAACAGCUCCACAAUGAUUGUUUUUUUUCCGGUCUUGUUCUGCACCUCUAUGGGGCUGCAUCGUUUGCUGUCUUUUAACCUACCUGUGCUCACUUCAUAGACGUCAGCCAGUUUUAGUAGACCACCAGUUUUAAUAGACCACCAGUUUACGAUGUUGCUUUUGCUUUUAUAUGCUUCUAUCUGCUUUGUUUUGUGUGUUGUUUUUAGAAGUAAGGUGAUCUUGCAGAGGAGGACUCUCCCAGAUUAUGGGCUUUAAUAUUUGGUAGAAAUUGUUGUGAAGCAAUCCACUCCAGAGUGUA